AUGCUGCUGCUGCGCCGCCUUACCCUUCGCCGCCAGCUGCAGCGGUCACAAGCUCUGCAGCAGCAGCAGCAGCAGCAGCAGCAGCUUAUUGACUUCCCCCGCCCCAGGCCGCUGCCUAGAGGCCAGCUGGCGGCUGACUGCUCAGGGCUGAAGGGAUGCAGCAGCAGCAGCAACAGCAGCAGCAGCAGCAGCAGCAAAUGCGGCAACGGCAGUAGCAGGAGUCUGGGCUCCCGCCUUGCCAGCAGCAGCAGCAGCAGUCCGUGUUGCUGCAGCGCAUGCAACGGCAGGAGCUAUGUGGGCCUGAGGAGCAGGACGGGCAUCAGCAGCAGCUGCUGCUCCAGUUGCUGCAGCAGCAGCAGCAGCAGCAGCAGGAUCUACUGGCGCUUGAACAGUUCGCGUUUGCUGCACCGCAGCCAUCUGGCUAAGAAGCUGCAGCAGCAGGACCUUCGCCGAUACAAACACCUGGACGACAUCCCCAAUGCAGCAGCAGCAGCAGCAGCAGCUGCAGCAGCAGCAGCAGCAGCAGGCAACGGCCAAGCCCUCAGGAUAGAAAAGGAAACCUUUGCGCGGGAGCUGCUGCAGCAGCAACAUGCCAUUGCAACACUGUUUUCAGAGGAGCAGAAGGCAGCUCUUUUCGGCAAAGCAGCAGCAGCAGCAGCAGCAGAUAAGUCUGCAGCAGCAGAAGCAGCAGACAGCGCGGAAGCACCCUCAGCAGCAGCAGCAGCAGCAGCAGCAGCAGCAGGAAGGACCAAGCGGCGGCUCUCUGAAGAGCAGCAGCAGCAGCUGGAUAGACACCUGAGAAAGGCAAUGAAGGCCUGGCGCCUCCUGAGGCCAGGAGCAGACCCUUUCUAUAAGGAAGACGCAAUGCUGAAUUUAGAGAGCCAGUUGAACUCAUUGACUCUGGAACACUCGCCGCUGCAGCAGGAGCUGCUGCUGCAGCAGGAGCAGCAGCAAGGCGAAGAUGGCCUUGUCCCUCCCUCAGUAGGUCCCAGUGUACAUACAGCAGCAGCAGCAGCAGCAACAGCAGCAGCAGCAGCAGCAACAGCAGCAGCCGCAGCAGCAGCAGCAGCAGAACUUCUCAGCAGCGGCGCCCCCACCGCCGCAGCCACCGUCCCAGCAGCAGCAGCAGCAGCAGCGGCAGCAGCAGCAGCAGCAGCAGCAGCAGCAGCAGGUGCGGUCUGCUGCGCGCAGGUGAACCCCCUGUCCUUCAACCUUCCCGUUUUAAACCCCAGGGCCUUCGUGCUUGCUGUUGCUGCUGUGUCUUUGAGCCUGGGCGAUGACCUGCAGCAGCUGCUGCUGCUGCUGCAGGUCGACAAGCAGCUGCUGCCUCCCCGCCACCACCCCAAGCGGCUGCUGCUGCUGCUGGAGGCUUUCCAAGUGGCCGCGUGGCUAGCUAGCCACCUGCAGCGGGUGGUGGCUAGCCAGCAGCAGCAGCUGCUGCUGCCGCGAGCGGCCCCACAGGCCGUCAGCAGCAGCUCGCCGCCCGUGUCUUUGAGCCCCACCUACUGCAGCAGCAGCGGCAGCAGCCCGGAGAGCAGCACGGACGAGCGUUUUGCUGCUCUUUGUCUUCGCCGUUUGCGAGACCCUUUUUAUGACAUUGGCUUCGACUCUCUCUUCGACUCUUUUCUCAUCAAAGAAGAAGCUGUCGACAGUUUGCUGCUGCAGCAGCAGCACGCCGACGCGCCGCAGGUCCUCAAGGGCCUUGCUGCCUUCUUCGGGCUGACGGGACCCGACGGCAAAGGUGUCUAUACACCUGAAGUUGAGGCUGCUAUCUCUCGCCUUUUUGGAUCCUUAGCAGAAGUUGGCCUCUCCGAGUGGCUGUGCGCGGGCCCUGAGACAUUUGAGGAAUACCUGCCAUACGGGGACAUUCCGCCUGUGUCUGUCUCCCGGCAAGACAUGGAGACGGCUCGUCUUUUAAUUGCUGCUGCAGCAAAAGGCAAAGGCAAUCUUCUUGACUUUGAUGCAGCAAGCCCUUACAAGCUGCUGCACGGCAUUCCAGCCAAGACUGUGGAGGAGGAGCUGCAGGCGCUGCCUGAGAAUCCUUUUCUUCCCAGUAAAGACUUGGACCGUCUUUUUGAUUUGGAGGAAGCAGCUUGCUGCAUCAACCCAGCAGCAGCAGCAGCAGCAGCAGCAGGACCCCACAGUGCUUCUGAUGAGACGCUGCGCAAGUUCAAAGCCAAAUACGGCGUUACGCCCCUCGAGGCACUGGUGGACGACGAGCUGGAGUUUGUGCAGACUGCGGGCCCUGCUGAGUGGCGUUUGGACAGCAGCAGCAGCAGCAGCAGCAGCGGCAGCAGCAGCAGCGGCAGCAGCAGCAGCAGCGGCAGCAGCAGCAGCAGCGGGGCUGCUGCUGCAGCAGCAGACGAGGGUUUGGUGUUUGCUGCCUGGCGCUGGAAACGGCCCAGCCAAACUGUGCGAGAUGCAGCAAGAGGGGUUUAUGUCAGGGAACGGGGAGGAGUCGAUCCCCAGCUUUGUUUGCAGGAGCUGCGGCAGACGCUGCUGCAGGCCAACAGAAUGAUGGCCAUGACCAAGCAGGGGCGCGUGUACUACUACCGGGCGAUCGUGGGUGUGGGGAACGGGCGGGGGCUGUUUGGGAUCGGGAUCGGGUUUGGCAGCAAACCCAAAGAAGCUCGAAGUGCUGCUGCUUUAGCAGCAAUUCAAAACAUGAAGUUGCUGGACCUCGACAAAGACAAAACCCUCACCACGCCCCAGCACGCGCAGGAGUACUCCGCCCACGUCAAAAGUAAGCAGCAGCAGCAGCAGCAGCAGCAGCAGCAGCAGCAGAGGUGGCAGCAGUAG